AUGGGAGUUUGUAGUUCAUCCAAACAGUGUGAUAGCAAGACCAAACACAAGGAUAAUUUUAACUCAGCAUUGACCAAUACUGCAGAGGUUCAGCAAACCCUAAGAGAAAUACCUCCAACCUAAAAUGAAUAGAGGUUAAAUGAAAACCAAACCGUUUAAAGAAAAUUGAGAAAAUCAGGGACUUUGAGCUAUUUUGAAUAUAAACAAGAUAAAACAACAAUAGACAAACAAUUAAGUAAAAUUUACUUUAUAUGUGUUUAGGAAGUAACAGGAAGAUACCUUAGAAAGUACCUUAACUUAAAAUCAAAGUCACUGAUGCAAUAGCUUCAAAAGAUUAUUCUGUGUAUAAGGGAAAGGUCAAAAUACCCAAUAAAUCAACUCUUCGAGUAAUGCAACAUAAUAGCGAUGGAUAAUUGGUAAUUAUGGAAUAAUUGCCAUAUGAUUAAGAGGGUAAGGAUUAUAUUGAGUGGCUCUAAAAAACCAAUUUGGUAAUUAUUAUUGUGAUAAUGAGUAGGAAUUUUAUCAUAUUGGAAAGAUUCAUGAAAUCUUUAUCUUUGGAAAGUAAUUUUAAAUAAUAAGUGAAUUUUGCACAGGAGGUCCAUUAUCUGAUUUAUUGCAUUGCAAAUUAUCAGAAUAGAUAGUUAGUAAUAUUCUGGAUUAAAUAUUUGAAAUCAUUAAUUUCCUUCAUUCAAAUAAGUUAUCUCACAAUAAGUUGACAAUAGAUAGUUUUUCUUUUUAUUACGAUUUGUAAAAUUAUUUGAUUAAGUUGACUGAUAUCAGAAGUUUAUUUAAACCUUAAAGAGAACCUUAACUUCAACUUAUUUAAUAUGCAUCUCCUGAAGCUCUAACCUCUCAUCAUCCUCAUAAAUCAAAUGAUAUUUGGUCAUUAGGAAUUAUUGCCUAUUAACUUAUGACUAGAAAUUUGAUUUAUGAAGGUGAUCAAGAUUUGACUACAAAUCAAGAAGUGAAAUAGGCAAUCCUAAGAUGGACAUCUAAAUAGGAUAUAAAAGAUGAAAUAUCUGAAAGUUUUGAAGAUUUAAUUUUAAAAAUGCUCAAUCCUAAUAAAAAUGAAAGAUAUACUAUAGAAGAAUGUUAGAAACAUGAAUUUAUUGUACGUCAUUAGAAUCAUAACUUGAAUUGCUAUUUUAAACACAUAUUUACAGAGAAUUUUAGUAGUAAAUUGUAGAAAUGGUUUAUGAUUUAUCUUCUAAAUAACUAUGAACAUUCUCAUUAUCAUGUAGCACAUAGAAUAUUUGAUGUAUUAGAUAAAGAUAAAGAUGGAAAAUUGAAUACAAUAGAAUUAUUAGAUUUUGAAAAAAGACUUAAAUAAGCAUAAGGAUAGGAGAUGAAUAUUAAAGUCAUAUAGAAUUUAAUAGAUAAAAAUAUGAAUUUAGGAUUAGAAGAUUUUAUUCUUAUGAUAUCUAAUAAAUCAUUAUACAUAACUCAUCACAAUCUCGAUCAUAGUUUUAAGAAAUUAGGUAAUAAAAAUUAAGAAAUUACUGUAAAAUCUUUGUCUAAAAUAAUCAAUAUUUCAGAAGAGGAAUUGACAGUGGAAUUUAAUAAUCAUUAAUUGUUUUAUGAGGUAUUUUUAAAUAUUCUAUAUUAGUCUUAUUGUAUUCCUUUAGAAUUUGCAUUAUAUGAGUCAAUUAUGAACUAGAUUAUGGUAGUUUAAAAUGAAUUUUAAUGA